AUGGCGGAAGCGGGGGAUGUCGAAAGCGCACGGAAGGACGAGGGGAUGCGGGGAGGGUUGCCUUCGCCGAGCGACAUCUGCUCGCCUCGAUGUGGCGCCCCAACUUGGCCAGGUCUGCCCGCGGGGGCCGUUCCAUCAGCCGUCGGCCGCGCCGAUGGCCGGGAAGCGAGUUGUUCCGGCAAGCGCCGGCGGGCCGAGCGGAUCAAUUCCGGGGCUGGGGCGCGCAGCAUGAAGAGGAGGAGGCUGGAGGAGGAGCCCGAGAACGCCCCCAGCGCAGGCGCCGAUCUCUACGGUGACGACCUCUGGCUGCCCGGUGGGCCCGGGCCCAAUGACUGCGGCUGCGAUUGCUGCGACGUGCCUGUACUCCUCCACCCCCACACACCGGAGCUCUGCAACCUGUUCUUCGACCGAAGCGACCCCGCCGGCGGCAAGGUCCUCCGCGUGCUACCCCCCACCGCCGACGCCGUCCGCCUCACGGCGGACAACCAUGACUUUGCCAAAAUCGGCGCGCUUGGGGACGCUCGCGGCGAAGGCAUGCCGGAGGACGUCCGCGGCGUGCUGUUCGGGGAUGGGUCGCAAGACAAGGACAGCGAUGGCGACCCGUGGAAUCCCAUUCCGCUGGACGGCCGAGACGGGCACAGGGUGCCCAUUCGGGGCGCGCUGUCGUGCGCGUGGCUGCCCAUCAACAACAGAGACAGGGAUGAGAAGCCCUCAGUGGUGAAACACGUCCCCGUUGGCUCAAAAUGGUCGCCUUCUUUCGUGCCGCCUCCCGCCGUGGAACAGGCGCCUGCUCCCACUGUGGGUGCGCCUGACAGGCGCAGUGAGAGCCAUGUCGCGGUUCCCGGCGUCGCAUUGGCCAAGUUCAAGGCGUUCAGGACGGUUGGGACGCUUGGGUCUGCAAGUGAGCCAGAAAGGGAGGGCAAAAAAGCGGCGGCCGGUGUGGAGGACAGGGUGCUGGUGCCCGUGGACAGGGAUCCAGCGCGCACCAAUGGGGCCAUGGCCUUGCUGACAGCGGGACAGGCAGGUGGAGAGACUCACAAUGAGAUGGGAUCAGAUAAGGGUGUGGAGCGACGAAGGCGGUGUGUGGUGAAUGUCAGGACAGUGCCGCUUGUGGUGGAGGCACGAGGAAGAGGUAGGCGAGGCAGGCAAGCUGCUGCACGGGCCGACUUGGUGGUGCCAAAGGCAGUGGGUGUGCGCACAAGCCCAGCGGCUGGCAGGAGGAAGCCCUGCACUGUUGCGCUGCAGAAGGAACAGUCGUCUGAGAACACUAUCACGGAUCAGGGCUGUGCAUCCAGCGAGACGAUUUCUAACAGGCAGGGCCGAGUUCCUCACUCUGUUGCCCAGUCGAGGAUGCAAGACGGGACCAGCAGUGUGAGAGCGGAAGUCAUCAACAUGAGCAUCGUGUCCGAAGCCAUGCCGAUGCACCUGAUAAAGAUGGAUGUCUGUCUGAAUGCAGCCAUUGCAGGCCAGGACGCCUCCAGAAUACUGCUGAUUCUGGACCGUUUGAUGUCCCUGCAACUCAGCUUUGCUCAUCUGGUGCAGUCUGGCAUUGGCGAAACAGUAACCGCAUUGCGGAGCCAUUGGCACCCCGAUGUGGUGAGCUCUGCAACAGUGCUGGUCAAGCGAUGGAGGUGGAUGGUACAGCAGAACUGGCAGCAGAAGCACCUGCAGCCCAGAUCCAGGGGUGGCAGAGUGCAUCAGAGCAACGCAAGGUGUAGGGCUUCAGCACAGGAGUUGUGUGAUGAUCCUGCUCUUGAUGAGAUUGCGUUGCAUCUGCAGUUCGUGUUGGAAGAUCUUGAAUGUGAUCAGACCUAG